CGACGAACGGUUGAGCACGCAAGAUAUGUCGUCCGCCACAGAUGUCCCCUCCGAGACGCAUGAGCAACGCAAAGUAUCCUUUGUCUUGCCCUCUGUAUCCUCUGCCAAGGCGAAGCCCGCACGCGCCAAACGUACUAGUAAAUCUCAGUCGAAGAGCAAAUCCAAAUCUAAGCGUGCUUCUGCUGAGGCAAAACUCCAAGCAUCUAAAUACCUUGCGAGCUUACUAAAUCAAGAAUCCGAGAGGGAACAAGCCCGGAGACGGGAGGCUGGCUUAGAGCCUCUCAUGGAGCUCACCAUACCCGAUGACUUUGUGUACACGCCGCGUAUCUACGCGUUCGAGUUUGAUAAGGAAGUGCGAGCGGCACUGACCAAGUGGAUACGCAAAGCCUGCUGUAUUCCGGACGAAGACGACCCGGAAUGGUCAGUCAUCCUCGCAUGCGCGCUUACUGUCUUGCCCAAGGCAACGGGGAUCCAUCGGCUCGACGUCGAGUUUGCAAUACGGGAAGGCCCUGCCCCAGAGGGAGAGCCAGAGAGCCUCCCUGUUCUAGCAGUCUUCUACGCCUACGAGUAUAGAAAGAUGCACCGGCGUCCGACGCAAAAGCAAGUUGACAAGCUUAGCAAGAUCUUGGCGAACCGUCAGCCAAAGUGGUACACUGAUAUGUACCCUUUCGACUCAUGAAUUUAUGGACGGAGCGGAAUGAGGAUUACCUUUGUCUGAUACAAUAGGGCAUUUACAUGGCUUCGAUUCUAACACCUACUAAGUGCUGUCUCUUUGCAAUUGCGACGAUAACUUCUCUGUGUUGACCCAC